AUGUUCAAGUUAGCAUUCUCAACAUUGAUUGUGUUGGCACUCUUGGCAAAUGUCUCAUUUGGAGGUGCCGCAAUCAACAUUAAGAGCACAAAUUGCACUAUUGUAAUCAAUGAUUACACAACUUAUCAAUCAUGUGGAAACCCACCUGUUGACCCCCCUGGACUUAGAUACGCUGGUGCCAAGCGCAGCUUGAUGGCCACACCUCCAGCCAAUUGGGUCCCAUUCUCUUGCAGAAUCAACGGUGACUCGAUGAUGGGCUACGGAGCUGUCCAGGUCACAUACCCAGGCCCCAGCGCCACCGUCAACACCACUGUGUGUCAGUCUAUCGGCUGCACAUCCAUCCUGGACAAGGGCACCGUCACCAAAUGGUUGGGCAAUUACAAAGAGAACACCACUAUGGCAUGCUUCUACAACGUCGACAACCCCAACUCUGUAUUCUUUGAGCGUGCUGGUUUCUGUGGCUACCGCGGUAUCUUUGACACCACAAACUCAAGCUGUGCAUGUCAAGAGGGAUGGGCUGGUGAUGGAUGCGAGAGAUCAAAUGUCGAACCAACCACUGGAUCAUCAACCAUUCUCAUUAUUCCAAUUACCAUUAUCUUGGUCAUUGCAGCAUUCCUUGGUCUAUCAUUGUAA